CCCUCUUCUUCCUUCCAACUACCACCACCACCACCACCAUGCCACCAAAAGAAGAAGAAGAAAUACCAGCGCCUCAACGACCGCCCUCGCCGCCUCCGCACACGACUUUUGGCGUACGAGGAAUCCUUCCGCCAACAUUUUCCGCCUUCAAACCUCGGGAUUAUCGUAUGCCGAGUCCGCAGGCGAUGAACCAUGUUGCUUGGAGCUGUGAUGGUAAGAAGCUCGCGGCUGUAGGGAUCGAUAAAAUAACGAGAUUGUGGCAACCUGAGAAGGGGAUGGAAGCUCGCUCAGCGACGAUGUUCUCUGGUGGACACUCGGAUGAAGUGGACCACGUUACUUGGAAUCCGACGCAUCCGGAAUUGUUCUGCACGUCGAGUGGGAAAGAUCGCAGGAUCGUGUUCUGGGAUGCUCGACAAAGUCGCUGCCUUCAACAAGUAUCUCUCAAACAAUCUCCUUUGGUGAUGAAUUACUCUCCAGACGGCAAAACGAUAGUGUACACCUCUGCUGGGCAUCAGAUGUAUUUCCUAGAGUGUGGACAAGCGCAAGCUGGAAAAGAAACUUGGAGCGUGAGCGACAAAGAAAUCAUUCCGGGCUCAAGAGCAAUGUUCAACCAUACAGGCGACGGGAUAGUGCUGACCCAUCACUCGGAACAUACACUGAGGGUUUUGGACUAUCCUCGCUUACUGUUAGAGAGACUCCGGCUGCACACGUUGGGGGAUGCGAAGCCGCUGCUUUGGAUCCCCAGGGGGAGAUAUCUUGCAUCUGGAGGAUUCGACUCCAUAGUUAACUUGUUUGACCUGACGGAAUGGAUUUGCGCCAGGACAAUCACUGCUUGCGAGUACGUCUCUCUGUUCUUGCUGUUAUUCUUACCGACAAGUCCUUGUAGACAUCAAAUUAGUUCACUGAGUUUCUCUCACGAUGGAGAGUAUCUUGCUAUCGGAAGUACAGGCGUGUACGUCGAUAUUUGUGCGACCGAGACGUCUAUGCCUUUGCAUCGUGUUCCUGCUCUUGCUCCAGCCCCGACAGUGACUUGGCAUCCAAGUCGAUAUGUGAUAGCGUAUUGCGGACAGACAAAAGCCAGAGAGGGAGGACCUCCGCCUGUAGCUGUAGUAAGCUUGUUUGGUGCAUUGGAGUAGAUGAAAUAUAUGCUUGUUGGAAGACUGCAAAACAUU